AUGGCGUUCGAUGAGAUGCCCGUUGGGGCAAAAUAUGCCUUAAUCGGUGGCAUUGCGGUGUUACUUACACUACUUCUGAUCUUGGGUCGUUUUCUCUGGGCGAGAAGAAGAAAACAACAAAGAUUCAUGAGCUCAAGAGAUAUGAACAAAAACAUCGAGGAACCAAUCAUUCAAGAAAAGAAACUAGAAAUCUCAAAUAGCCUUCCGACCCUGCCUCGGGGCGCCACACAGCUCCCCAUUAGUGGGCCUGUAAGAACUCAAGACGACGAGGACCAUAGAGAAGAAUACAGCCGCACAGCAAAUUUGAUGCCACCACUAGCUGCAGCAAAACCAGUUUCUACACGACCACAUCCAUCCCAACUCCCACUAGCCGGAGCUGCCAGACUCCACCCAUCCCGUGAAAGACAAGGGUCAGUGCACAGUGAAUUCAGCAAUGUCCCCACUGAAUUCAACAUUGGCCAAAAGUCUCCCAGACUACUCCCCCCACAGCAGGCAAGACAUAGAAACGGCAGUACAGCCGAUGAUUUUGCAGAAUCAUACCUCCCCGUACCGACAUCCUCCCAACCACAAACUAGGAGCAUAACCCCUCCUUCACCAUCUGUCUAUUCUCCAGGCAUAGAAAGACAACCAUCACGAAGAAUACGCACAAAUAUGACCAGCCCGAUAGACGAACUAACAAGUCCCAACGACGACUUAUACAUCCGUGUUCCUCGACUCUACCAACCCCCAAGUAUGGCGUACGGAGAAGCAGAACUCCCGUAUUCGCCACCUAGAAGGAACAAACCCCACGGUAGCUACCAACCAGGCGGAUCCCUCAGAAGAAAAAGAUCGGUAUCAAAACAAGACCCCCCCGCAGUUCAUCGUAUGAACUCCAAUGCUAGCGGAGGCAGUCUCAGACGAAAGAAUAGUCGACGAGGUUCCGAUAAUAGAAAUUCAACGCAUAGUGAAUGGGUCGAUACUUUGACCGUUAUUGAUGAUGUGAAUGAAGGCGAUGGGCCGGAAACACCUAAGCGGAUUCUAUCCCCAGCUAGCCAGAGACAGCUAUUGUCCCCUCGGAGAACAACUCGGGGCAGCGUUCGAGGAAAUAGAUCUAUCAGACAAAUUCCAAAUCCGAUUCAAACAUCGGCGCCGUCGAGCAACACCUCAUGGAAUAACUCAAUCAUUGCGGAACAAGCAGCUGCAAUCAAAUAUAGCACGAAGAGAUCUCGUAGCAAGUCACCACCCAAGGGUGAGAGGAAGAGUCUAGAAGAGUAA